UUUUUGUAUUCAGAUACAUACAUCCACGUACAACUAAGAAACACGUCGUCCCCUUGCGUGGAGCUGAUCACGCGGAGCAGAUAUGCCCAUUUUGUGGCGAGUUUAUAUCGUAUUUUUGUCACUUUGCUAUACCGUGUGUUCAUCUAAAGUUACAAAGUAUAAAAGCAUAACAGACGAUGACGACGAGAAGAAGUUGUUACACUUCCUAUUUGAUAAUUAUGACCCAGAAAUCCAUCCUGUUCUCAAGAAGACAGAUACAGUUGAAGUAAAGUUCGGCAUCUCGCUCCAUCAGAUCAUUGAAGUGGAUUUCAAAAAUCAAAUUGUCAAGAGUAGUGUUUGGAUAAGACAGGCAUGGAAUAACCCGUUCUUAACGUGGAAUAGUUCAAACUUUGGUGGUAUAAAAACUAUUAAUGUGCAUCAGUCAAAACUCUGGAAGCCUGACAUAUUCUUGUAUAACAAUGUAGAUGACUCUGACGAUGGGGCUCUGGAUCGUUUCAAGACUAAACUUGUCUUAAGCUCAAAUGGAGACAUUAUGUGGAUGGCGCCAAAAAUCCUGACAAGCUCCUGUAAAUUUGACGUUACUUACUUUCCUUUUGACAAACAGACCUGUAAAAUGAAGUUCGGUUCAUGGACAUAUGACGGUCUUCGACUUGACCUUAUCCCAGAAGGAGGAAAGAACAUGUGUGAUGGAGACAUUAAAAAGUUCAUCAGACACGGAGAAUGGGACCUACUAAGCAUGCCUUGCAGUCGUAACGAACUUGUUUACGCCUGUUGUCCAGAGCCUUAUCCGGACGUUACUUACACCAUGACGUUGAGAAGACGACAUAUGUUUUAUUUCGUGAAUAUGAUCGCCCCCUGCUUUCUUAUAUCAGCGCUGACCCUGUUGUCUUUCUAUCUUCCUCCUGAGUCCGGCGAGCGUCUCACACUCGUUAUUACAAAUCUCCUGGCCUUGACAGUUUUCAUGUUGUUAGUGGUAGAGAUUAUACCAGCGACCUCUGAGACUGUACCUCUAAUCUCUGUUUACUUUUAUGGCAGUGUUUUUGAGGUGGCUUUGGCUCUCGUCGCAACGUGCCUCGUAUUGAGGUGCUAUUUCAACAACCCCUCACAUACACCCGUUCCGAACUGGGUGCGUCACAUAGUGUUGGGUUGGAUGGCUCGACUUACUAAGGUACCUGUCAAGAAAAUCCUGGAUGGCAUUGAUCCUAAAGAAUCCUCAAAGAAAGACCCAAAGCAAGAUGAGAACGAUAUCUCAGAAACUGGAAAUGUUGUUCAAGGGAAGAUUCCAAACACCUCGCGUCGUAAUUCAUCACGUGAUCACCUGUCACACAUUUCACCCAAUCUACCUGGCGAUAUACAGCCAAGACUAAACCUUUUACCGUCAAUUCAGCGAGCUAGAAACGCGAAUCGUUUAAGCAUGCCCCACUUUUACGAUGGUAUUCAAGUCGGCGGCGCCAUGAAUGAUCUGAUUAGCAGUCACGCUGCCUCGAGGCACAAUCUUCUGGACAUCGCGCCGCCAUCGCAUUCGAAGCACGUUUUCGCGAAUCAUGUGAAGUCAGCAGACGACGUUAGAGGUACUGCUGAUGGCGUGACAAGACAGCUGUUAGAGACUCAGACAAAUCUCGCCAAAGAUGUAGCCGAGGUAGUGCGAUAUAUUCAAGACCAGGAGAUGAGCGACCUAAUGAAGGAGGAAUGGCAACUAAUAGCUAUUAUCAUUGACAAAUUUUUCCUCUGGUUGUUUUUGUUCAUUCUGUGUGUUUCUACGGUAAUCAUCUUCAUGCAAGCUCCAAGCUACGCGUGGUCUUAGAAAUCUGAUAUUAGAUGUAGCUAAAAAAAGGAUUUUUAACUGGGUGUUUAAUACCAGCAAUUUAUCGGUAUUUAAGUGCAAACCAGGCUAUUAUUUUCCUAUAAGUCAUUAGAAAGGGGAGAGGGGUAAAUGUACUCUGAGCUCCUCCAAGGAAUUUGGUCGGUCGAGCAGCUAGGAGGAAGGGCGAAAAAACCAGUGACUUCCCAAGAAAUAUUUCUUUGAAAUAUCGUAGCAUGACUAAACUAGAAAGAUAAACAAGUACCUAUAGUCACAGGCAAAACAUUUAGUAGACGCUGCAUAUUGGUUGAGAUCAUUUAUUUUCAUGGGCAAGCAUUGCCUCCGACCUACAGUAGAAAAUAUUGAGAUGACUUACACACGGCUAAUGCGACAUGAUGCAGUGAUAGUUCUGACGUGUUCUUUGCCGAAUUUUGCGAAAAAAAAGUAUGUUUUGGGGUAACGUUUAGUUUGUUGCAUGAGGUUCAGCUGGUUUGAACUCAAAUGCAAAAUUAAGCGGGAACAAAGUUUCCUCUUUUUACAAUAUGGUGCCUGGUGCACUUCACUUCCUAAUGCAAACCAAACCCAGAACAGAGCAGAGAAGCAACAGAAGAUUCAGACUUGCCGUGAUCAGUUGACACACUAACUUUCCCUGAAAAUGAGCUUACUGCAUGCAUUCAUGACGGACCCUCCCAGUAAUGUUUACGACUUCUUACUAGCAAUUAAUAUAAUAGAACAGUGGAUAGCGUUGAAGGCGCAUUUUGAUUGAUUACUCAAAUCCCAAAUAUCCUUUGCUAUUCACCUCCGAGUAACGCGCGGGAUUUGCCCCCGAAAAUAUUAUGACCGCGUUACAAGAAUAAAUGAGUUAAAAUCA